CGGUGGGACCAUAACAGCAAGCAUGUGCGUGCUUUUAGUUCUCAGUGCCGGAUGCAGAGGGAAGGAGGGGACAGAACACCCAGGUGAAGUCGCCGUUUAUUAGUUACAGAAAGCUGCAGGGAAAUUGCAAAAGUAGUCAGAGUCAUUGGGAUUUGCAGCAAUGUUUGUUUCGAUAGCCGUGUUUUCUUGAUCUGAGUUUUAAUUGUGCUGGGGAGAAGGCUUGGAUUUGCUUUUAUUGAAGGAUCCUCGCCAACAACACAAUAAACAUUUGAGACUUUGACGCUGCAUUGCCUUGUACUGGGACAGACUGCAUGCAAGACGGCAGAGCGAGCAGCAGCGAAGACCCGUGUCCCCUUCCACUGGACACUUUCAGGCCUCGGUCACCUGGCGGAGAUGAACUCUGGGGAUGCCAAAGAUUACCUGCACAAGCGGGAGAUACCUCUGCUGUUCGAGAGCUUGCUGACGGGACUGAUGUACUAUCGGCCCGAGGACCCUGUGGAAUACCUGGAGGGAUGUUUGCAGAGAGUCCGGGAGCUCGGAGGGCCAGAGAAGGUGAAGUGGGACACCUUCAUCUCUCAGGAGCGUCGACCGUUACCCCCCAUCAACGGUGGGCAGGGGAAGAAGCCAAUAUUGCGGGCAGAGCUGGGAAUGGCUCCCCAUCGCCGCUAUGAUCGUCUGCCUCCCAUACAAGCCCAGUUUUCAAUCGAGAGUGACUCGGACAUGACAGAAUCUUCAGGGCUGAUUCAAGAAUAUGAUGUCUUCGACCCAGGCAAACCAAGGCCCUGCAUCAUCUUUGUUAUUGGUGGUCCUGGGAGCGGGAAGGGCACACAGAGUGCCAAGAUGGCUGGCCGUUACGGAUUUGAGGCGAUUUCGGUGGGGGAGAUCUUGCGCCGACAGAUGCUGCACCGUGCCACCAGCGAUUGCAAGUGGGAGCUCAUCGCGCAGAUCAUCGCCAAUGGGGAGCUGGCACCUCCGGAAACGACCAUCGAGGAACUGAAGCACCAGUUCAUGAAGCACCCGGAUGCUAAAGGUUUUAUCGUGGAUGGGUUUCCUAAGGAGAUCAGCCAGGCCUUCACGUUUGAAGAACAGAUCGGCUCUCCGGACCUUGUGCUUUUCCUGGCCUGCUCCAACCACCGCUUGCGACAGCGGCUGGAGAAGCGAGCUGUGCAGAAAGGUCGGCUGGACGAUAACAGGCACGCCAUCGAGCGCAGGGUCGAAACCUUCAAGCAGAACAUCAACCUGAUUGUGAAGUAUUACCAGGAGAAGGAGCUCAUUAUUCGGUUGGAUGCUGAUCGUGAAGAGGAUGAAAUAUUCAGUGAUAUCAAUGGCGUAGUUAUGGAGAGACUGUUUACGACAGGAAGAUAUGAGGCAGCUGCUGAGGAGACACGACAGUUUACCGACAAGGCCGCCAGACCCCCGGAGAGGCCGGAACCACUUGUUCAGUCUGAGGGAACUUUGGCCACGGAAGAUUUCACAAUGUCAGACAAGCUGAAGGGAUGCAAAAUUAUUUUUGUUGUCGGAGGCCCUGGCUCUGGCAAAGGCACUCAGUGUGAGAAGGUCGUGCAGAAAUAUGGUUACACUCACCUGUCCACUGGAGACCUGCUGAGGGCAGAGGUCAGCUCUGGCUCAGACAGGGGUAAGACUCUCCAGGCCAUCAUGGAGAAAGGGGAACUCGUACCACUGGAGACCGUGCUGGAAAUGCUGAAGGAUGCUAUGAUUGCCAAAGCAGGUGUCUCCAAGGGCUUCUUGAUUGACGGUUACCCCCGGGAGGUGAAGCAGGGAGAAGAAUUCGAGAAGAAGAUCGGACCACCUACCUUGCUCCUGUAUAUUGAUGCAGGGAAGGAGACGAUGAUCAAGCGCCUCCUGGAGCGGGGCAAAACUAGUGGGCGCUCUGAUGACAACGAGGAAACCAUCACAAAGCGUCUGGAGACAUAUUACAAAGCAACAGAACCUGUCAUCAACUACUAUCAAAGCAGGAACAUCAUCAGGAAGAUAAACGCAGAGGGCACAGUGGAUGAAGUCUUCGCUCAAGUUGUGACCGCCCUUGAUGCAUUAAAGUGAUCAGAAGACUAAAAAAUACCCCUCCUCUCCCCUUGCUCCCUAGCAAAGUCUUUAUCCCCCCCCCCCCCCAUUUAACUUUCAACCAACCAUGGACAAAUGUUACAAAGAAAGAAGCAUCAUUGGUUAAUAUGACAGGUGGCUGACAGUCCAAGAUUUUUUCAUCUGAGAAGCUGUUGGGAUCCAUUUCUGCGUUGUUUGCUGUCACUGUCAGUAUUUUGAGGUCACUGGAUAUCCAAUAAAAUAGUGUCACCAACACCGGGCUGUGAAAUACUGUCUGAAGAGGAGAACGGGGGUUUAACCACCAUGUGAUGUUAAGAUGAACCCACCAUAAUGAGCCACAAUCCAAUCCCACAUGUCAUUGCUUUGCAUUCCAAGGUCCUACAUCGAGCCAGAAGAGAGAUGAGUUCAGAUGUAUCACAGGUAUUGAUAAGUUUGAAACUUCUGUCAAGAAGUAUUAACAACAGAAAAUACCAUCAGUCAUUAUUUCCCUCCCCAACACAGUUUGCUGAGGUCACUUUUGGGUAUUUUCUGUAACUGGUGUUAUUUCUGGCACAUUAUGAAGCAGUGAUUUCUACGCCAGGCUGCAUUCAUAAUUUCGUAUGAAACUGGCUAAGAAUGUUAAACUGAUCUCUUUUCUUCAUCAGCAGUAGACUUGUGAACGAAAGCUUCACACAGAUUAGCUUCCUUCUGAACUCUGGGUCUGGCAGCUGGUAGAGGAGGCGUUUUUAAUGCGUUAGCUACUAUAAGGUACAAAUUUAACCUUUGUAAUGUGUGUGUGUGUGGGUGCUCUGUUUCCAAAGUCAAGGUCGGUGAACUGAAUUUCAGAAUCGGAGCACUUUACACAUGAGCCAAAAUGUCAAAGGCUGAGCAUGUAUAGAUAAGGGAUUUGUGUCCCCUGUAUCCUUACAAAUUUACCACACAAAAUGUUCUGUAGCAUGGUUAUAAUUGGAAUAUUUAAUUGAAAUAGUGUGAACCAUUUGGGCACAGUGUGCCUUGUGCCUUUACUAUUUCCAUUUCUUUUACUUUCAUUAUGUUUGUUUGUUUAUUUCAUUUAAGAACCUUGUCCAGGGACUUAAAUAUCACUGUCCUUACACUCCGGUUUUUCCUUCAGAUGGGAGAAGUCACUGGGUUUUCGUUAGUUACAGACGAAAGCAGAGACAGCCAGAUAAUCCAUACCCGUGUGCACCAAAGACAGAUGCCCAACAGAGCCACUCGGUGAUGGGCUGAACAUGAGGAACUUUCCUGACACUGCCUGUCCCAGAGCCAAGACCAGCCAGAAAAUUCAAAGUGGAAUUGGGAACCACAGAGGUUAACUGUUCUGCGCCUCUCACCCCCCAACCAUCCUGUCAAAUCCCUGCCUUAUUGCCAUCCACCAGUCUUGGCUCCACAUCCUGUUACUUUUGUGUGAAGUUCCAAAGUACAAUCCUAGUUCAGAUACAAAUCCUCUUAACAUUAACGAAAGAUGACAUUCUCCAGCUUUUGUGACGAUCAUACCUACUGUUAGUAGUCCACAUCUCAUCCUCUCGAUCUUCCCGGACCGGCACUCCUCACAACCACUCCUGUCCGUUACUCUAUUCAAGAUUCAACGUCAGUGCUUAUUUUUUUUAAAAAGUAAUCAAAAUUUUAACUUUAUACCAGUGACUUGCAUUAGUAACCUGUCUGUGAAAUUCUGGGGCUUGCUAAUGAAAGAGCAAUUGCAGUAUAUCUCAGCUGUGACAGCAUGCUCUGAGAGUCAGAUUCAGGAAACUAAACCUGACAGCCUUACCGUAUGGGCUCAGCCCAUCAGAGUGUUCAGUCUGCAAAAUGUUUUGUGUAGAAGAACUACAGUAUAUUUGUUGCAGUAUUUGGAGUCUCGAUAUGCCAGUUGUUAAGGACAUUCAGCAGCUUGCAGCCUCCUCUGCCAGAAACAUGGACUGUUCACCUCCGCGGAUGCUGCUCUGCUGAGUUCUUCCUUUGCUUUACUUCGGAUUUCCAGCAUCUGUGGAAUUCUUUGUUUAUGAUGAGCAUCAUCAUCUUUCUAUUUACUCUUUCAGUGGUUGCAUUUCGGUGUACGUUUCCUGUGCAGUAUUUUAAUAGGCGACUUGGUGAAGAUUGAGGAGUUGGUCUCUGAUCAAAAUUAACCAUAGAAUGUUUAUUUUUCCAAAAACAUGACGUAUGUUAUUGAUAAAUGAGCAUUUUGCUCUUGUUAUCCAUUCAAUUCCCAACUACUGUUCUUCAUUCAAUUGUUAAAAACUUCACACUAGUCCAUCAUUGUGUUUGUACCUCACCAAAUAUUACACAUUUAUCCAAAGCAAUGAUGAUUCCGAAAAGUUGUAGCCAAUUGUAGAUAGUUUAGUUCUCUCUCUCUCUCUCUCUCUCUCUCUCUGUUGACAACCAAAUCAGCAAUAUUGUUUUUCUAAUGCUGUUGCAAACCUAAACUUGUACCAGUAUUUAUUGGAGCCUCAACUGAUGGGUGAUUUGGAGGAGGUGACUGAAUGUAAAUUUAAUAAAACAGAACUGACCUCAGUGUUGUGUUGAA